GCUCGUGGUUGACUUUUAAUAGGGUGAAGAGCAGCACUAGAUGCUGGGUCGAAUUUGCAUUCGCGGAUUGGUAGUCAGUUUAAGCAGUAGUUGUUCAAGCAAAAAUUUACAAUUUCCACAAUCGUUGAAAAUGGUUUGGACGACGCCUCUCUCUGAAAAGAUGUCGGACGACACGAAGACCGCUAAGCCUGAUGCUGCCUCGCAUCUGGAGCAUCUUUGCAAUCUGGACAUCGACAGCAAGUCCAAAUUCAUUCGUCUGUCUGGAAUUAUUUGCACAAUCGGGCCUGCCAGCCAAAAGCCGGAAAUGUUGGAGAAGAUGAUUGAAACCGGCAUGAACAUUGCUCGUCUUAACUUCUCUCACGGCUCCUAUGAGUACCAUGGAAGUACCAUUGCUAACAUUCGCCAGGCCGCUGCUAGCUACAGCCAGAAGAUUGGCAUGGAGCACCCUCUGGCCAUUGCCCUGGACACCAAGGGCCCUGAAAUCAGGACAGGUCUUCUUGAGGGAGGUGGUUCUGCGGAAGUCGAACUGGUCAAAGGAGAAACGAUUAAGCUGACCACCGACAGCGCACUCACUGACAAGGGCAACAAGGAUUGCAUUUACGUGGACUACACCAAUAUUACAAAGGUGGUCAAGGUUGGCAGCAGGGUCUUCGUUGAUGACGGACUCAUCUCACUCAUUGUUCAGGAAAUUGGGGAUAACUAUUUGAAUUGUCAAAUUGAGAACGGAGGCUCUUUAGGCAGCCGCAAAGGUGUGAAUCUUCCUGGAAACCCAGUUGAUUUACCAGCUGUCUCUGAGAAGGACAAGGCUGAUCUUCUCUUUGGCGUGGAGCAGGGUGUUGACAUGAUUUUUGCUUCCUUUAUUCGCAACGCUGCUGCACUGAAGGAAAUCAGAGAUAUUCUUGGCGAGAAGGGCAAGAACAUUUUGGUAAUUUCCAAGAUCGAGAAUCAACAGGGCAUCCAGAACUUAGAUGAGAUCAUCGAAGCUUCUGAUGGCAUCAUGGUUGCUCGUGGUGACCUUGGCAUUGAAAUUCCACCUGAGAAAGUAUUCCUUGCCCAGAAGAGCAUGAUUGCUCGUUGCAACAAGAUGGGCAAGCCUGUGAUUUGCGCCACCCAGAUGCUUGAGUCAAUGGUGAAGAAGCCUCGUCCGACCCGUGCCGAGGGCUCAGACGUGGCCAACGCCAUCCUGGACGGUGCUGACUGCGUCAUGCUGUCUGGUGAAACUGCCAAGGGUGACUACCCCCUUGAGUGUGUUGCCACAAUGGCCAACAUAUCCCGUGAGGCCGAAGCCGUCCUCUAUCACCGCCAGCUGUUCAUCGACCUUAGCCGCCUGGUGCAGACCCCUGCUGACUCGACUCACACCACUGCUAUUGCCGCCGUAGACGCUUCCGUCAAAUGUCAGGCCAAGGCGAUCAUUGUGAUCACCACUUCUGGUCGCUCUGCUCACCUCAUCUCAAAGUACAGGCCUAAGUGCCCCAUCAUUGCUGUGACCAGAUACGCACAAGUUGCCAGGCAAUGCCACUUGUACCGUGGCAUCCUGCCCCUCGUCUACGGAUUGACUGCCCUGCCUGAUUGGAUCAAGGACGUGGACUCCCGUGUGCAGUUUGGCAUCCAGUUCGGCCAGAAAAGCAACUUCAUCCAGAAGGGCGACGCUAUCGUUGUUGUGACCGGCUGGAGGCAGGGCUCUGGUUUCACCAACACCAUGCGCAUCAAGUACGUAGACACAGAGUGAAUUCUCUGCCGCAUUAAGUCUAUAUUAAGAUUGAUAAAAAGAUGUGGGAGUGCCAUGUUUGUAGGUGAAGAUAUUGUUAAAAUCAUAAUCUCUGCAAACACUUGCGCUUUUAAAAGCUCGCAGGUGUCUAUGCUGGUGGUGGGCUGAUAAUUUUCAUCAUUUCUCUAGUCUCUUUUGUGAGGAAAUUGUUGAUAUAUCUCUUUUAUGUAAUCUUCCAAAUUGAUUCCUAGUCCACAGAAAGAAAAACAUGGCUAGUCGAUAUUUUUAGUAUUUGACACUUAUAUCUUGUUAUGUGUAGCAUGUUGCAUUAAAAGUGAGUUAGGUUGAGAUAACACAGUAUACUUAAAGUACCAAUAUAACCUAUUAUAUUGUCUCAACCAAAAUCACUUAAACACACAAGUCUUAUUUUAUUGGUAUUUAUUGCUUAUUUUGUUGAGUAGAGUGUUUGUGAUUAACAAGUAACAUUAUGUCCCAGGUGGCUGCAAGUUACCUUUAUCACGAAUUUGCAUGGUGUGAUGUUUACCAAGCAUGAACUCUUCCUUUUUAUGGAUGCUGGAAAAACCUAUUUUGAUCAAAUUAAAUGGCUGGUCCAUACCUCCUUAGAAUCUCCUGUUUGCCCUUAAUUCCCUUCCAUUCUGUGAUCAUUAUUUUGUUUCUCUUUUUGUUUCAGUAUUGUUGAAUGAAGUGUCGAAGAUGCAACUAAAUUACCCUCUCCUUCUUAGACACCAUUAAAACUGCAGGAUUCUGCUAAUUUUCUCCAUUUUUUUUUGUGUGUGUGCUGCUUAAGCAAACAAGCGCGCCUUUUCUAACAAGAAUUUUAGUGCUAUUAAAUUAAUUCCACAACCAGUAUUCCUGUUGCGCUGUGACUGAAAUUUAAACCCACCCAGUGAAGUUAUUGCAAAAAUUUCAGGCAGAUUAACAUUCUUGUUAGAAUCUAAAUUGAAUAAUUAGCCUGUUUGCUGGUUUCCACAUCAAUUUCCCCCAAUAUUAUUAUGUCACAGUUGAUGAUAAAUUGGGUUUCUAAUGUGCAUAUUUAUCUAAAAAAAAAAAAAAAAAAAUGGUAUCUAGUAUCCUCAGCCGUGAGUGCUGCAAAAGAUGAAAUUAAUGUUAGAAACCCUACUUCUUUGUAUUCAUUUUCUCUGUUUGUAACCUCUGUUGACCAAAAGUUUAAAGUACAGAGCUUUCAUCAAAUUUCACUGCAACAAGGAAAGGCUCUGGAUGCGCCUCAAAGGUAGAAGUCGGAGUAGGCAGAUUGAUGCUGUUUUACUCACCCGCCUAGUUAGACGAAUGUUCUUUCAUGGUAAUGACGAAUUUAUUUAAACUGUUUGUCCAAGUAACUAAAAAUUGUUCUGCUAACUUAUUUUGAGGUCCCAAGGACUUAAUUGAUUUUGAAUAGCUCUUAUGUGUGAUUGUCACAGCUGUGAAUUCAGCCGCUUUAUGUUGCUUCUUGCAAUUAUUGAAAAUUCAUCUGCAUUGCAACCUUGCAAGAUAAAAAGAAUUAGUAUAUUUUGAUCUGUUCUGUGGUCACAACUGAUGAUGCCACUUGAGGCGUACACAAUGUACUGCAUUACUAGUGAAACUCUGGUUCUAUGUUCUAUAGAGAGUAAACAAAUAAAAUGAAACUGUUGAUCUAAUAAA